AUGACUGCUGUUACUACAGUCUCUUACAGGUUUAAUAUCAAUGGUAAGUUUUCUGAUAAGGUGGUAGCAAGAAGGGGUGUUAGACAAGGAGAUCCUUUGUCCCCCCUCCUGUUUGUAAUUAUUAUGGAGUACCUUAAUAGGCUGCUGUUCAGAAUGCAGAGGAAUCUGGAUUUCAAUCACCAUGUCAGAUGCGAAAGGCUGCAGCUCACCCAUCUUACUUUUGCUGAUGAUCUCCUGCUGUUUUCUAGAGGUGAUAUUGUUUCUAUAGAGAUUAUGCAGCGCACCGUCAAUAGUUUUUUGGAUUCAACAGGUAUGAAGGUUAACCCUACCAAGAGUAAAGUUUACUUUGGUAGUGUAUCAGAUUCUGUUAAACAAUCAAUUCUGAAUUUUACUGCUUACGACGAGGGGUCUCUCCCAUUCAGAUAUCUUGGUGUCCCCGUGAGUAGUAAAAAGCUGUCUGUGGUCCAUUAUUUGCCGUUGAUGGAUAAACUGUUGUGUAGGAUUACGCAUUGGAGUUCUCGACUUCUUAGCUAUGCCGGUAGAUUACAGUUGAUCAAAUCUGUGUUGUAUGCUAUUACCUCAUAUUGGAUGCAGUGUGUUUGCUUCCCUAAAACUGUGAUUAGAAGAAUCAAUGCCAUUUGUAGAACCUUUCUCUGGACAGGAGGUAACAGCAGUAGUCGAAAGAGUCUGAUUGCGUGGGAUAAGAUUUGUAAACCUGCGGCAAAAGGAGGUUUGAAUGUGCUGGAUCUAGUGGUUUGGAAUAGCAUGUUUAUGAUGAAGUUACUCUGGAAUAUAUCCAUGAAAACCGAUGAUCUGUGGGUUCGGUGGAUUCAUGCUUAUUACCUGAAGAAUGAGGAUGUUAUGUAUAGAAUGGUUAAAAAUUCAGAUUCAAUUAUUUUUAAAACUAUUCUGAUGCAGAGGGAAAAUAUUGGCACUAUGCAGGGGGAUUGGAAUGAGAUGGUGCAAGCAGGGAGAUUCAUUGGUAGGCGAAUGUAUGCGAACUUAUUGCCUGCCACACCUAAGGUUGCCUGGUCCAGGUUAAUUCUCCACAAUAGAGCUAGACCCCGUGCCAUAUAUACUCUCUGGAUGACCUGUCAUGGAAAGCUAGCCACAAAAGUUAGAUUGAAUCGAUUUGGCAUGGUGGAUAAUAACCAAUGUGUCUUCUGCCCUGCGGCGGAAACCAUUGACCAUCUAUUUUUUGAUUGUGCUACUUUGAGGAAGAUUUGGGUUGAAAUACUUCACUGGAUUGGUAUCCCUCACAAUCCUGGGGAUUGGACAGAGGAGCUAAACUGGAUGCUGAAUUGUUUUGGUGGUAAAGGUUGGAAAGCCGAUCUUGUUAGAUUAGCUCUGACUGAAACGGUACAUGAGGUGUGGAGGUAUGAGGUGUGGAGGUUUAGAAAUGACACUUGUUUUAAUCAGAGAAAUGACAGUAGGAAUUGUACAGAUAGAAUUAUUAACAACAUAGUCUAUAGAGGGUGGUCGAGCCCUAAGCUUAGACCACAUAUAGCUCUCUUGAUGGUUCAGUAG